AUGCAUCGCGGCUCGAUAAGUAGUGACGUGUCACGAAGAGGAGGGAGUUAUGAGGUGUCGCCCGUCGAGUUGAUCGGGCUCGAAGUGAUCGAGAUCUCGGACCACGUUCACUCGCCACCGGGGUCAGAUGUGGAGGAGGAGGCGCUGCUGACUCGAUCUACUGCCAGCACUGAGACGACGUCGAAAAAAACAUCGGAAGCACCUUCUGCCCCACCAACAAAAGUGUUGUUCCUCGAUGGUGUGCGUGGUCUCGCAGCCAUGCUCGUUGUUCUCCAGCACUCCUCUGACUUCGCAUUGCCUCUACAACCCGGGGCCAUUGGUGUCGAUAUCUUCUUUGUGCUGUCUUCGUUUCUCCUGACGUGGCUGUUCAUGAAGAAGAGCAUGAAGCUGCUUGCACAAGGUGCGAACCUCCGCACGUGGAAGUAUGUGCUUGCCGACUACUUUCAGAAACGGUUCCUUCGGGUGUACCCCCUCUUCUUCGUCACCGUGACGAUCCUGGCACUUAUGGCACCCGAAGACCGCGGACGUUACCUCUUUCUUUAUGAAAGACCAUACUCCCCACCCUUCAACACGUUGAGAACGCUCGUAUUCGAUUUCGACUAUCGCUACCACGUGUUUUGGUCACUGCCGCUCGAGAUCGCGUACUACUUCGUCAUUCCCGUUUUCGUCUUGGCUGUGUUGGGUAUGCGUCGGAUGUGGUGGGCCGGUGCCCUGCCCUUGACUGUGUGGGUGGUCUACGAGGGUUUCAGCACGGUCAGGUUCGAUCAUAUGACUCUACGAACGCACAUUUCAACGUUCUUGACGGGUUCGUUGGCAGCGUUGGUGUUUGUGAAAGUGGAUUUGUGGAUGAAAAAGACGGAGUUUGCAUUCCGGUGGUGGCACACAGUAGUCGUCCGAGCUGUCGAGUGGUUGACGAUCGUGGUCCUGCUCAGUGUGUCGUUUCGUGGUUUGCUGUUCCAUUGGACUCAAGUGGACCAAGGGCCACCCUACAAUGGAGCCCCAAACGUAAGCGGACUUGUGUCUGUGCUUAUCGUGAUUGAGAUGGUCCAGCCUUCUUGGGUGUCGACGGCGUUCGAGUGGAACGUGCUUCGCUAUUGGGGCAAGAUUGGGUUUUCGGUCUACCUCAUGCAUUCAUUCGUGAUUCAGGACACUACACCAGAUACACAACCAUAUUACUUCGAUCGGCUGUUUGCUCGACUGGUUCUCGUCACGAUCCUGUCAACGGUAACGUACUACCUUGUUGAGUAUCCGUCGCUAUUGCUUGCACAGCGCAUGUCCAAGUACCUCGCCGCCAAGGAGGCGAAAGCGUCAGUUGGCGCGAUCUAG